AAACAAAUGCUGGAACAGUGACAUUUUCUUAACAAAAACAUACGUAAAUAACAAAGGAGUCACAAGCCGAAGCAGAGCGUGGACAUCAAAAAGGCCGCUCGCACACGUUGCACUUGCAUGACACGCCGCAUCAUACAGCAAACGAGCGAAAUGAACGAAUGAAAUAACAACAUCAUACCGAAAAUUGUAUAAUACCAAUUGCGACUUUGUCAUUCUCUAUCAUUCAACGUCAGUCCGUCGAAUCGAGCGUGAAAACGUGCGAUAAAACUAAAGUUAACAACAACAAGAAAAAGAAAAAAAAAUAAAAAACAAAAAACAAAAAACAGACUACUAAAUGUCCCACAUGGGCGCCAUAAGCUUGUACGAUGAGCCCGAAAUCAUGGAGGAGUUCAUCAGCUGUUAUCAGUUCUUCACCGCCCUGUGGGACAGCAGCAGUCCCGAUUACCUAUCGAAACAGAAGAAGGAGCCCGGCUAUCAGGAGCUAUUGAAGAUACUGCGGCGCGUCAACGGCAACUGUUCCAUUCAGGAUGUUAAGCGCAAGAUAAACUCGCUGCGCUGCUGCUAUCGUCGUGAAUUCAAAAAGGUACAGGAAUCCGUUAAUGGCUACCAGACGCGCCUCUGGUGGUUUCAUCUGAUGGACUUCCUCAAGCCGGUGCUCAACAUUCAAUCGCCGGCCAGGGUGAAAUCCGAGAACGUGGACGAUAGUCUCGACGAGACCAGCAUUCAGGAUGUUGAUAUAAUGUCUGAUACCUUUAAUCACGAAGAGGAUAUGCUACGUAUUGAUGCCGUCGGUGAUGGCGAUGUGGAGCCGGAAGCCGAGCCUGAUAACGAUCCCGAACUGGAUAACAUGGAGGAUCAUGUUGAAGAUUAUCGGAACAAUUCUUCCGCGGGGAGCAUCACCGUAUCUUCGCACCUGCAGCAUAACGGGGAAUCGCAGACUUCGGAUAAAUCCGGCCGUCGUAUCCGCAGCCGUAGCCGGCGCAGUCGCAGUAGUAAUGACACCGAUUACGUCGACACGGCCAGAAAGCGUAGAAACGUGGAGACUUCGAAUCGCGAUAGAGACUGGAAUAGAGAGCGAGAGGGAAAGCAUGAAAGUGACAGCGAGUACGAGUGCGAGCUGAUGGGAAAACGGGUGGCCAGCCACUUCCGGCGUAUGCGUCCGGAUCAGCGACUUUUCGCCGAACGGAUCAUCAGCGAGGUGCUGGUCUACGGCCGAUUGAAUCGUCUUUCGUUCGAGGCCCAAUUUAGUUUGGGUCAAAAAUAAGUAAAACCAAACUGAACUUAACUAAACUAAAACUCAAUUCGCAUAUGCGAAUAACUAUUUUAAAAUAAACCUUUAACGAUCAAUAUA